GCUGGGUGUCAGUAGCGGUGUAAUAGCAGCGCUGUUGGGCCGCUCUUUUCCGGCGGUUGUUGGCGGUGUAGAGGCUGCGGGAUUGGUCGCGGUGUGUUUUCGGUGCAGAUUGUUGCGAGUCAUCGCGCCGCCGCCGCUGCUCUGCUUUGUCACUCCCGGUCUGUGCGCUGAUUCUCCCCGUGUUUCUGACUGUCCGGCCCGGCUGUAGAGAUGCCUCUGGAGAACCUGGAAGAGGAGGGUCUGCCCAAGAACCCGGACCUGCGGAUCGCGCAGCUCAAGUUCCUGCUGACUCUGGACGGACACCGGCAGGACGCCGCGCUGCGGACCGAGCUAAUGGAGGCGAUCCGGGCCAACAAUAUGGCACCGUACUACGAGGCCUUGUGCAAGGAGCUGAAGUGGCCAGUGGACUCAGACCUUCUGGGUAAGAUGAAGAAGGCCAACGAGGACGAGCUGAAGCGUCUGGAUGAUGUCUUGGAGGAUGCAGAGAAGAGCCUUGGAGAGAGCGAGAUCCGGGAUGCCAUGAUGGCCAAAGCUGAAUAUCUGAUUAGAAUCGGGGACAAGGAAGGAGCUUUGACUGCUUUCAGAAAAACUUACGACAAAACCGUGGCUCUGGGCCAUCGCUUAGACAUUGUGUUCUAUCUGCUGAGGAUUGGUCUGUUUUACAUGGAUAACGACCUCAUCACCCGAAACACUGAGAAAGCCAAGAGUCUGAUUGAGGAGGGUGGAGACUGGGACCGGAGGAAUCGUCUGAAGGUGUAUCAGGGUCUCUACUGCGUGGCCAUCAGGGACUUUAAACAGGCGGCCGAACUGUUCCUGGACACCGUGUCCACCUUCACCUCUUACGAACUCAUGGACUACAAAACCUUCGUCACGUAUACGGUUUAUGUGUGUAUGAUCGCUCUGAAGAGGCCUGACCUCAGAGAAAAGGUAAUAAAAGGUGCAGAAAUUCUGGAGGUGUUGCACAGUCUGCCUGAUGUGCGUCAGUACCUGUUUUCUCUCUACGAGUGCCGUUACUCUAUCUUCUUCCAGUCUUUAGCUCGUGUGGAGCAGGACAUGAAGCGGGACUGGCUGUUCGCUCCACACUACCGUUACUAUGUGCGCGAGAUGCGGAUUCUAGCCUACAGUCAGCUGCUGGAGUCCUAUCGCUCUCUUACACUGGGCUACAUGGCGGAGGCCUUUGGAGUCAGCACAGAAUUCAUUGACCAGGAGCUCUCACGAUUCAUAGCGGCGGGUCGUUUGCACUGCAAGAUUGACAAAGUGAACGAAAUCGUCGAAACCAACAGACCCGACAGUAAGAACUGGCAGUAUCAGGAAACCAUAAAGAAGGGUGAUCUCCUGCUGAACAGAGUGCAGAAGCUCUCCAGGGUCAUAAACAUGUAAUCAAAUACAUCAGAACCGUGGGCUGUUUUUGUUUGAAAGGUUGAGAUGUUGACACGUUUUCCAACUUCCAAUAUUAUUGUGGGGCUUGACAUUUUUUUGUUUAUGUACAGUAUAUAAUAAAAUCUUUUCAAAGAA